AUGCGAAAUAUUGUAAUCUUUGGAGGCUCUUCACAUCCGAAUUUAGCAGAACAAAUUGCUUCUCGCUUGGGCAUACAGCUUGGAAAAGUAAAACUGUCAAAGUUUUCAAACCAAGAAACAAACGUUGAAAUCCAUGAAAGCGUUAGAGAAAAAGAUGUCUACAUUAUACAAUCGGGUUGCGGUCAUGUAAAUGAUAAUUUUAUGGAACUUUUGAUCAUGGUCUCUGCGUGCAAGAUUGCAUCUGCCAAGAAGGUGACAGCUGUAAUACCUUGUUUCCCGUACGCAAGACAACCCGAUGUUCCUUAUAAGAAAAACGGUGCACCAUUAUCACGGUUCCCUCGAAAUGCAUUUAUGGGUUAUGUUCACAACGCACCUUCUGGAGAUUCAACGCCACCAACACCUGCGAGCGAUAUCAAGGAUCCAUUUAUUGUAACGGAGCAAAAUUCUGGAUCGUUCGAUGGUAGUUCGCCGCGGUCUCCGGCCUCCCCCACCCUUGGUCGUGGUACUGGGUACAGACAUUGGAUUGCUCGGUCUGGAACGCUCAUCGCAAAUCUUUUAACGUGCGCAGGGGCUGAUCACAUCAUAACUAUGGAUCUUCACGAUCCCCAGUUUCAAGGAUUUUUUGAUAUUCCCGUUGAUAACUUGCACGGACAACCUCUCGUGGUUAAAUACAUAAAACAGAAUUUUCCAAAUUGGGAACAAGCGGUAAUUGUCUCCCCAGAUGCUGGUGGUGCCAAAAGAGCAACUGCCGUUGCCGAUAAACUUCGCAUGGAUUUUGCUCUCAUUCAUAAAGAACGUCGAUCUCAAAUUCCACCACACAAAUCAGAUACGAUGCUCGUAGGUGAAGUUAAGGACAAAGUUUGCAUCCUUAUUGAUGAUAUUGCGGACACGUCUUUCACUAUUACUAAAGCGGCCAAGGUUCUUCGUGAAAACGGUGCGAAUAAAAUAUACGCAAUUAUAACUCACGGAAUUAUGAGCGGCGAUGCAAUCCAGAGAAUACAGGAAAGUGUCAUCGAUCAGGUCAUUGUGAGUGAUAGUGUUCCUCAAGAAGAACAUUUGGAAAAAUGUUCAAAAAUAAAAGUGUUUCACAUCGCUCCAAUGUUUGCGGAAGCAAUAAGGAGAAUGCAUAAUGGAGAAAGUGUCAGUGCUUUAUUUGGAAUAAUGGAAAUGCUAUGA